AUGGACGGCUUCGGAGAUAUCAUCACGUCUAUCGACACCGACUUAACAACAUCCAAAGAUGGGACGUCCGCCAUCAACGGCAGGACAUUUACAUCUGACAACCGCACGCCCGUGUCCACCGAGGAGAAUUUCACUGGGGAUAAGGAUGCAGCCAAGGCCACCCGCGUCUGCGCGAACAGAUCCACGCAGGUGAUGGAAUCGACUAAAGACAUACCUUCCCCUCUCCAUUACGAAGAGAGACCCCAGAACGAGAACGAGCCACCCGCGCCUUCGUUCGUAACGAUCGAAGAUGAGGAAAAGUUGAGAUGCACCCAGGGCAAUGGACGACGGAGAGAUGCCGCCCUUGUCAUCUUAACCAAACUCCUCCCUCUAAUCAAAGUUAAGCCAGCGCACUGCCCUCUCUUAUACUCCUACUACGAAUCGGUCGCGGCCUAUGUCAACUGCAUCGACGAGUUCAUCAACACGAGAGGUCGUACCUGGUUCUACCCGCCUAAACUCUACUACCUAUCCACCGUCAAUCCCCGCGUCAAGGUCGACGUUUAUUCGAGAAUCGUGGAUGAGAAGCGAGAAGCUGCCUUGAGUGUCAUUACGCUCGAGGGGGAAGUCGAUGCGAAGAUGCUCGAUUACUUGAGAUUGUUGGGGAGAUUGAGGAAGGCGGAGCUGGAAGCUAGGUUGCAAUGGGAGGAUAUGGAGAAGAGUUGUGAUCGCUUUGUGAGGAAGCAGGGGUGUGGCAAUUGGUAUGUGAGGACGAGGGCGCAGGAGAAGGAGUAUGUUAAUGCUCUGUUUGCGAAGUGGGGGGUUGAUGGGAGUAAGUGGUUGGAGAAGCAGUGGCAGGGAAAAGACAUGCGAAUGAGGAGAUUCUGGGCGAGAGUUGGGAUCGAGGUGCUUUGUGGGGAUGGAAAGAGGAAGGGGUAUUGA